UGAUAAAUAGAGAAGAAAACAAAGAGUGUAAUUAUAGAUUUUUCGGCACUUUCCCAUUUAGCAUUGGUCCCUCCGUGGACUCACGGUUACAGACGCCGUAGAAAAGUUGCCAGCUUCUCCAUUCCACUUUCUCGCCACCACUUUCACCUGAAUCACCACGUCACCCUCCCUCUCUCUCACUAACUCCAUAAAGCCCAAACCUUUUCUACUCUCUCUCUCUCUCUCUCUCUCUCUCUCUCUCAAGCUCGAGCCUUGUGAUUCUCUUCAUGGGAAAUCUCUGUUCUUUGUUUGCUCCGCCGAAGCCCGUGAAGAAAAGACGACCCAUCACGAAGCGACAAUCUUCCGGAGCCGGGUCGGGUUCGGGUCCCAAUAGCAACCGUUGGAACCGGGUCAGAUCGUCUUCCUCUAGGAGGGACAACAAGUUCGAAGAUGCCGUGAUUCAGGAACACGCUCUUGCCGCUGCUGCCAUUUUGUUCAGACAGCAGAACAAUGGCGGCGGCGGAGGCGGCGGAUCGCUGCCGUUUGAUCGGUCCUCAUCGCAACGGUAUCCGGCUUCUGGUUCGAAGAAGAAUCAGUUGCCUCGGAGCUCAAGCACGAGGUCAAGGUCCUCCACUGAUCCUCUGUUACAGCCUCAUCAGUUCCUUAACCAGGGUGUAAUAAAGCUAGAUGACUUAGAAACAAACCAUUUUGUUCUCGUCCAUGGAGGAGGUUUCGGCGCUUGGUGUUGGUACAAAACCAUUGCGCUUCUCGAGGAAGAUGGUUUCAAAGUUACCGCCAUAGAUUUAGCUGGUUGCGGUAUUAACUCGUACAAUAUCAAUGGCAUAGCCAGUUUGUCUCAAUAUGUGAAGCCACUUACUGAUAUUCUUGAAAAGCUUCCCAUAGGAGAGAAGGUGAUCUUGGUCGGUCACGAUUUCGGUGGAGCAUGUAUAUCUUAUGCUAUGGAACUCUUUCCUUCAAAGAUCUCAAAAUCGAUUUUCCUCGCUGCAGCGAUGUUAACUAAUGGUCAAAGUACACUCGAUAUGUUCUCGCUGCAGGCAGGUCAGAACGAUUUGAUGAGAAAAGCUCAGAUUUUUAUAUACACAAAUGGUAAUGACCAUCCUCCAACCGCCAUUGACUUAGACAAAGCUCUUCUCAGAGACCUUUUGUUCAAUCAAAGCCCUUCAAAGGACAUUGCAUUGGCUUCUGUAUCAAUGAGAUCAAUCCCAUUUGCGCCGGUUCUUGAGAAACUAUCUCUCUCGGAUGCUAACUACGGAUCAGUUAGACGGUACUACAUAGAGACGCUAGAAGACAACGCCAUACCAGUGACUCUCCAAGAAAACAUGAUCAAUAGUAGUCCGCCGGAAAAAGUUUACCGGUUAAAAGGCGCUGACCAUGCUCCGUUCUUCUCCAAGCCACAAGCUUUGCAUAAACUUCUGUUUGAGAUCGCCAGGAUUAGCUCUACUUAAACCUCCUCUCACAGGUUUCUUCAUCAUCAUAUUCACUAACUCGUUGUUGUUGGCUCAUCAAAAAAAAAUCUCUUCCUUUUGUUUCAUUUUGUGAUUUUGUUUCUGUUUAUUUGUUGUCUUUUUAAAGGUUAUAUUCUCUAUUUCUUUCUUAUUUGUUGUUCCGUUUUCAUCAGAAAUAAAAUGUUUAUAUAGAAAAUGGCUGUAUUAAUGACAUAGGCUGCAAAUGUGUUUUGUUUUAACCAGUGUUUAGUGACUUUCAUAACUCCAC